AUGGCCGCUGAAUCUAUUGAAGCGCCGGUCGCCGUACCCGUAGGCUAUCCAAAUAUCACCCUCCAAGAAUUGAACGACGAAAAGGCCAUGCUCCGUAUCCCGGCCAUUAUUUACACCAUCAUCCUCAUGAUUGUUGGGCUUUUUGGCAAUACAGUAACCUGUUACAUCUACGGCUAUCGUCUGAAAAUGUUGCCGACCCAUUGUUUUAUCAUUGUGCUGGCUGUCUUCGAUAUUCUUUCCUGUUGCAUUGCAAUGCCGACAGAGAUUCUGGACAUGCGCUAUCCAUUCAUGUUUCCCUCGAUGAUCGCUUGCAAGACUUUGAGGUUCUUGUCCUAUUUCACCACGGGUAGCUCGAGCAUUAUUCUUCUAGUUAUUGCUAUCGACCGUUACAAGAGGGUCUGUCGGCCGUUCAAAAAGCAAAUCACAGUGCGUGAAGCGAAGAUCAUUUCAUUGGUCAUCUCUACUAUUGGUAUAAUCGUCACUUCGCCGAUGCUGUACGCAGCCGGCAAGAUGACACACGAAACCCGUAUUCCGCAUAUUAACGGCACUGACUGCUCCAUCUCUGACUCAGUGCGCAACACCAAAUUCCCUGUUAUCUACUUCGCUAUUGUCUUCCUCAUCAUCAUCUCCUCCUUCGUCGCGAUGUCCAUCUGCUACCUUUUGCUAUGGCUUGAAGUAAGAAACCGCUGUUCGAACCCCAUCAGUGGUGGCGGGAGCAACUGUGGGCCAAGCGUGCCGUUGGAAGUACCAACCACCACCACCCCAGCCCUGGUGAACGAGAAGGCGAGCAGCAAGACAAUGAACCGCACCAACUUGACCGUCUUUCUCGUCACUUUGCUCUUCAUCCUGAGUUACAUCCCCUGCCUCUCACUGCAAGUGGCCCGUACCAUCAUAAAAUAUGAGAUUUCAAUGAGCCCGCUGGCCGAACUGUUCUACUGCAUCGGCAUGAGGUCCUACUUUCUCAGUAAUUCGCUCAACCCGCUCAUUUAUGGCUAUUGCAACCGACAGUUCGGAGACGAAUUCAAGCGUCUCUUCUCGCGGUACCGCCAAGUCUCGCGAAAUCUCAAAAAUGGCCGCCCUUCCAAAAAUUCCGAUUCGUCUUCUUCGUCUGGCAAAAUUCAGACGACCAUCUGCGAGUGUAGCAGCUGA